AUGUCUCAAAGGAAACUCAAUUUUGUGGACGGAUGCAUCGACUGGUCAGUGGAUCUGAAGGAAUACCACGUUCUGGCCGACGAACCCGUUAGGGUGAAAUGUGCCUUGUUCUACAGCUACAUCCGAACCAACUACACCAUGGCCACCAACGCCAAGCUGCGCCUCAUCUGGUACAAGAACAAAGGAGAUGCUGAGGAGCCCAUCAUCUUCUCUGGUCACAGGCUGAGUAAAGAAGACGACUCCAUCUGGUUCAGAUCUGCUGAAAUGGAAGACAAUGGGUUCUACACCUGUGUACUAAGGAACUCAACAUACUGCAUGAAAGUGUCCAUGUCGAUGACCGUGGAGGAGAGGGAUGAGGGGAGAUGCUUCAGCAGCAAAAUCCGACAUCUGGAGAAAGCUGAGAUAACCCAUAGCAAAAUGAUCAUCUGUCCUGAUAUAGAAGACUAUCUGGCCCCUUACAAGCAGCCACAGAUGACCUGGUAUAAGGAGUGUGAACGGGUCGAAUGGAGAAGCUCCAUCUCCGUUAACACGACGCACAUCUGGAUUCCUGAGGUGCAGGAGGGUGACGGGGGGAAUUACACCUGUGAGUUACAGUAUGGAUCCAGACUGGUGCGGCGGACAACACAACUCAAAGUUACAGCUCUCCAGACCACUCAGCCUCCCAAGGUCCUUUUUCCCCCAGAGAGACAAGACACCUCGAUAGAGAUCACGCCUGGUAUGCCCCUCAGUCUGGACUGCAAGGCGUUCUUUGGCUACAGUGGAGAAAGCAGAAGGCCCAUUAUCUACUGGAUGAAAGGAGAAAAGUUUGUGGAAGAACUAGCGGGACACAUUAAAGAAAGUGAAGUCAGCAUUUUGAGGGAACAUUUAGGGGAGAAGGAGGUGAAGCUAUCCUUAACGUUUGAUGCUGUGGAGGAGGCAGACCUGGCCAACUACACCUGUUAUGUGGAGAACCACAUAGGGAGGCGCAGCGGGAGUGCUAUACUGCAGAAGAAAGAUAUGUAUCGUCUGGAGUUGGCUGGUGGUCUGGGGGUCAUCUUGUUGCUUCUGGGAGUCCUGACAGCACUUUAUAAGUGUUACAACCUGGAGAUCAUGCUCUGCUACAGGAGACACUUUGGAAGUGAUGAAACUGAAGAUGAUAAUAAGGAGUAUGAUGCCUAUCUGUCCUAUACUAAAGUGGACCUGGACUUUCUGGCAGGGCGCAGCAGCGACGAGGAAACAUUUGCUUUGGAGAUCCUUGCCGGACGUUUUAGAGAAACAUUAUGAUUCAAGCUGUUUAUACCAGACAGAGAUCUAAUCACCAGCAGUACCUACAUUGAAGACUUGGCUCGUAGCGUGGAGCAGAGCAGACGUUUGAUCAUCGUUUUGACACCAGAGUUCGUCGCCAAAAGAGGGUGGAGCAUCUUCCAGAUAGAGACGCGCCUCCACUCCAUGCUGGUUACUGGGGAGAUCAAGGUGAUCAUGAUAGAGUGUGCAGACCUGAAGAAUGUCAUUAACUACCAAGAGGUGGAAGCACUGAAACAUACAAUCAAGGUUUUAUCCAUCAUCAAGUGGAGGGGUCCUAAGAGCAAUGAGCUGCAAUCUAAGUUUUGGAAACAGGUGGUCUACGAUAUGCCUGCUAAACGCAGAGAGACGUUGUCCAGACGCCAGGUGAUGGACUCUGGUGAACAGGGCCUCUUUGGUGACCUACAGACCACCGUCUCCACCAUUGCCAUGACAACCACCUCCGCCUCCUUGGCGCCCCCAAAUGAGAGUCGCCAUGGACAUCAUCAGGUCUUUGCUGAUGAAGAGGUUGCCCUGGCGACAGAGAUCCCCGACUACAACCAGAUGACAUUGCCGCUGGGAGGCGGUCACACUGCCACAGCAGCCCAAAUGAGGCAUUUCUGCCGCAGCUACGAGUUCCAGCUCCCCCCACAGCCUUCCUCUCUGUCGCCUCCCCUCCCACCCCCUUCCACCGUGCAGUUCUCCACUCUUGGCCCCGGGGGGCGUCACGUCUAUUGCAACAUCCCUAUGACGCUGCUGAAUGGACAGGUGCCUCAGAGCAGUACGCUUGGGAAGAAGCCAGAACUCCACCUGAACAGCACCUUUGUACCGCUCACCAGCAGAGAACUAAGCUCUGACAUCUGGUAGAGGGACUGCUCAACUGGUACUGGAUUACAGGCCUGUUUACGUACUGCUUUUACACUGGCUUUGGAAAUGGGGUGGACUGGUUGGUCGACUGGCUUUCAUUGGGUUUUUGGACUGUGUACAGCCUUGGUUUUCAGGAGGUACUGCUUGGGGACUGCCCGCAGGCUGGUACCGGGACAAUUCAUCCCGCUUUAAGGACUGCUUAAAGACUGUAUAAGCCUUGGAUUCACAAUAGCUGAAUACACUGGCUGCAGACUGCUUACAUACAGACAGAUUCAGACUAUAAAACCGAUUGUACGCUGGUUUUGGAAAUACCAACCGGGUACAGACUGAUACGAACUGGUGUGUAAGCUGUGUAGCCAUGACCAUUGGGAAGUGGAGUUUGUAGACAGUUAUGGACUUGUGGAAUAAUGAACUGGAAAAGUCAAUGAAAAGGUCCAGGAUACUCAAACAACAAGUAUCCAAAAACAGGAGUGCGCCAUUUGUCUACCGAGUUGGACCGCGGAGCACAAAAAGAAACAAGUAUCUUGAAUUGCCGUCUGCUCACACACCAGCUGUGUACCCGGAAUACAAGUUGAUUUGUCAGCUGCUUAACUACUUGGAAAUAUCGGUGGACUAAAAAACAAAAGUAGCGCAAUCUCGGGAACGCCAGUCGAUCUUUUACCUUUCCGUCUACCUGUUGACUAGGUGGCCUGUCAGUAAACAAGGCAGACUUCAAGCAAUGAUUUUGGAAUACCAGUCCACCUUAAAACAACAAGUCAACCUCUUGGAAUACAAUUCCUGGCCAGCUAGCUAGCUAGCUAGCUUGCUAGCUACCUGGUUUGGUUCUUAAAAGCUAAAAUGGUUGACUUAAAAGAAAUGGAUUCCAGCAGGAAUAUCAAGAUAAGAAGUGAAGCCGUUGCUAAACUUAAUUACUGAGAAAGCACAGUUAGCUGGCGUACAUGGAAACAUAGCUAGUUGUUAGACUAGCUAACUAAAAGGCUAGUUACGUCUGGAGCUAAAAGGCACCAAGAGACUUCAAACCAGCCAGCUCACCUUGUAACCCAGUAAUCAGCAACUAGUCAAGUCAUCAAGAGGUGAACUGGCCAAGAGGUGACCUACCAACUUUUACCACCAAGCUAUAGCAUAAAGGACUUGGCUUUUUCUAUUUGCAUGACCACCCAUUUAGAUAAAAAAAAAAUAAUCAAAUAAAUAUAGAUAAAAGAGUAAAUGACACAAUCAUUUCUCGCAGCCUCUUUUAAUAUGGAGGAGAAUAAACGUAUUUUGUUGAUAUUUGUUUUCUGUCAGGCCAUAAAGUAAUGAUAAAAACUGAUAAAGGGAAAAAAGGAGGCCUCCCUCCAAAAACAUGUCGAUUUUCUUUGGUUUUAUUUAAGAAUUUUAACCUUUUAGAAGGUUGGUGAGCAUUUUAACCAGUGUUUGUUUUUAAUGUUUGUUACAAUAAUCUCUGUACAGCUUCCAUAACUUAUGCAUAGACCUAUUACAUGACGGUGAUUUGUUCCUUAUGAUUUCUGUUAUUUGCGGGAGUUAUAACUCUCGCAUUUUGUGUGAGACCCAGAGCCUCUUUUUGCUUUCAUUCUGUUCCUCUUUUCAUCAAUGGAUGGAUGGAUGGAUGGAUGGAUGGAUGGAUCGAUGCAUGGGUGGAUGGAUGGAUGGAUGGAUGGAUG